GGCGCGGGGGCGGCCCGCGCCGGGUCGCGCCCUACUGACUUGUGCAGACUACAACUACCGACGGGCCUCGGCGGCCCGGGGACUCUCUGGUUUCCCUAGCGUUGAGCGUGUGGGCCGCCCCCGCGGAGUCCCCUUGGCUGGCUACCAGGGUCAGCACUGCACAAGCAGUUUGGUUCAAGUGGUGAUGAAAUGGGGAUCAACCAGUCUGUGGACUUUCCACCUAUCACAGGACCCUACCAUGUAGGCUGCGGGGAUGUGAUGGAGGGGACAGGUUCCCAGGGGAGCUUCUUUCGACUCUUCUACCCCUGCCAAGAUCCGGUGAAGACAGCAGAGCAGCCCUUGUGGAUUCCCCGCUAUGAGUACUACAGUGGCCUGGCCGAUUACCUGCAGUUUAACAGGCGCUGGGGGGCUCUGCUAUUCAACCUGGCUGUGGGGUCUUUUCGCCUGCCAAUGAGCUGGAAUGGGCCCUUUAAGCCAAAGGACUCUGGAUACCCCUUGAUCAUCUUCUCCCAUGGCCUGGGAGCCUUCAGGACUUUGUACUCAGCCUUCUGCAUGGAGCUGGCCUCCCGUGGCUUUGUGGUCGCUGUCCCAGAGCACAGGGAUGGCUCAGCUGCAGCCACCUGCUUCUGCAAGAGUUCCCCCGAGGAGCAGCAAAGUGGCAAAUCCCUGGAAGAGGAAUGGAUCCCCUACCGGAAAAUUGCAGAAGGAGAAAAGGAAUUCCCUGUUCGGAACUCCCAGGUGCAUCAGAGAGCCUCUGAGUGCAUGAGGGUGUUGAAGAUUCUGCAAGAGGCCUCGGCUGGGCAUCCCGUCCCCAACCUCUUCCCUGGUGGGUUGGAUCUGAUGACUCUGAAGGAUGGCAUUGACAUGAACCAUGUGGCUGUAAUGGGACAUUCGUUUGGAGGGGCCACAGCUAUUUUGGCUUUGGCCAUGGAGACCCAAUUUCGGUGCGCUGUGGCACUGGAUGCUUGGAUGAUUCCUCUGGAACGUGACUUUUACCCCAAGGCGCGAGGCCCUGUUUUCUUCAUCAACGCUGAGAAUUUCCAGACAACAGAGAGUAUCAACUUAAUGAAAAAAGUGUGUACGCAGCAUGAACAGUCCAGGAUCAUCACUGUUCUUGGUUCUGUUCAUCGAAGCCAAACUGACUUUGCCUUUGUGAGUAGUAACUGGAUCGGUAAAUUUUUCUCCAAUCAAAUCUCUGGGAGCUUGGACCCCUAUGAAGGACAGGAGAUUAUGGUGCGGGCCAUGUUGGCCUUCCUGCAAAAGCAUCUUGAUCUGGAAGAGAACUUUGAUCAAUGGAACAACUUUAUUGAAGGCAUUGGACCAUCGCUCAUCCCAGGGGCCCCACACUGCCUGUCCAGCCUGUAGGUGUAACUGGCCAUUUGUGAAAGGUCACUGAGUUCCCAUUUGGAGCCUGCCCCUGGACACCAUAGUCUCCUUUCAGAACAUGGUCAAAUGACCUUUCUUCACAGAUUGAGAGGAUGUAAUCACACUGGUGAUUGGAUAAUGGACACUUUGAUCUUGAACUUGUUGAUUUUGAACUCCUGUUGGGACUUGGAUCACUUACUGAUUGCCAGGCUGACUUCUUGUGGCCUGAACCCUGAUGCUGUGGGGAACAAGCAGUGGGAUGGGGCCGGGGAGUGAAUCAGAUUUAAACUGAGCUCUUUUAUCUCAAACCGUCUACUCCCUCACUUGGGGCCAACAUAGCUUCUGCAGUGGAAGAAAAGAAGCUGAAGGAGGAAGUGAAAUUUCCACCUUCAGAACCUCUAGCCCAUUCUGGCCUUUUUCCUCCUGCCUCUCAGCCUUCUCUCCUCCCAGGGAUGCUUGGUGAGUUCUGAGCACUUUAAUUUUCUGCAUGACCGUCAUCUGAUUUUUUUGUUUCUUCAAACUUUCUCAUAGCCCGACACAUAGUUCUGGGCUGACACCCAUGUGAGUCCAUGGAGAGGGCAGACAGCAUUGUCCUCAUAGCAUAGGGAGAGAAACUGAGGUAUGAAAGGGGAACCUCAAGAGCUCUGGUUUUCUUAGAGUUUUGCUAAAACAAAACCAACCCAUGGUGUUAAGUAGCCCUCGCCAGAGUGGAGAGGGAGUUUGGUCAGUAAGAGGUUAGGAGGCCACCCUGAGAGAGAGGAGCAUGUAGGUUGGUCUAGCUUCUUACCGCUGAUGUCAGGAGCCUCUAGUUUACUCAUGACAUCUGAGGUAAGAUGUAGUGAUCUGUCUUCUGGCUUGGAGGCCCUGACCUCAAAUUGAAGUCAAGACACAGACUGAGUUGGCCCUAUUCAUAAGUAUGAAUAAUAUUAAUACUUGUUAUGGGCUGGAGAGAUAGUACAGUGGGUAAGGCACUUGCCUUGUAUAGGGCCAUCCCAGGUUCAGUCCUGGCACCACAAAUGGCCCCCUAACUCUGCCAGGAGUGAUUGAUGAGUGAGGAACCAGGAGGAAGCCCGGAGCACCACUGGGUGUGGCCAAUGCCCUCCCACUCUUCCCUCCAAAAUCACCCAAAACCUGUGCUUAUCCAACAAUAUGUCAAAAUAGUUUAUCUGCAUUAGCGCAAGAUGAAGAGAGCCAUCUGGAAGUAACUUUUCCUUCUGUCUUUCUUAUCACUUAUCACUUGUGCCCACGUAGGGAAAAAAACAACAACCUUAGAAGAAAGUCUUCCUAGGGACCUAGUUCAGAGCUGAACAGGAAACUCAGCUUGAAAGGCUUCUCUCCACUCUGCUAGACUUUCACAUCAUUCCAAGUUGCAGAACUGAGUGAGAGCAGAAGGGACAGAUACCCCUAUACAAUAACAAUCAGUCCACCUUGCCACCAACGACAUCUGGGAUGAGGUCUUAGGUGCUAUUCUUCCUCAGAGGUGAAACAUCAUAUGCUGGGUGGGGAAGGCAUGUGAAUACUCGUGAGACAUAGACUUAGUCUAGAGAAUAGAGUUUUACCACCUGGUUGAGUCUUAGCUCCACCAACUGCUAACUGAAUCCAUUUCUUCUUUCCACUCUUGAUUCCUGCUUUUCUUUUCUGUUUUUUUUCUUUUUUGUCUUUUCUUCUGGUAAUAGCCAGUGGUACUCAAGGCUACAUCCAGCUCAGUGUUUGGGGUCAUAUCUGGUGCUGUUCCGGGAACCAUGCCUUGUAGGGGUCGUCGCGUCAGGACCUCCAUCAUGCGAAGCAUAUGCUCAACACACUAAGCUAUCUCUUUGGCCCCUCCAUCCCUGCCUUUCUAAAAUGAUUAUCAAUAAUUAUUGAUAAUAAAAUGAUUAUCAGUAUUAUCAAUAAUUCAGGAGAAUAAAGUAAAAAAAAGCA